AUGUUAAUGAUGAUAAACAUCCUUACCUGGAACAUAAGAGGUGCUGCCGCGAAAGGGGUCCCUUUUCUGAUUAAAGAUUUGGUUGCAAGACACCAUGUGAGUUGCAUGGCUUUGUUUGAGACUCGUGUUAGUGGGUCCAAGGCUACUAAGAUAAUCUCUUCGUUGGGGUUUGAUAGUUCGUUUGUAGUGGAUGCUGAGGGUUUUGCGGGUGGCAUUUGGCUAAUGUGGAAGAGUCAAGAUGUACACAUUAAUAUCAUCCAAUCCCAUCGCCAGUUUGUCCAUGCCCAGCUAGUCCCAGGGGGUACUACUACUCCUUCUCUCAUUACCUUUGUUUAUGGGAGUCCACAGAUGGCUGCUCGUAACUUACUAUGGACAUCGCUUGAGGUUUUGAGUGCUUCUAUCACUGCUCCGUGGAUGGUCAUAGGGGACUUCAAUGCUUAUCUCGGUGCGGAUGAAAAGUUUGGUGGUGCUGCAGCUAAUGCCACCUCUAUGAGACGGUUUCGUGAUUGCAUGGAAUGUUGUCACUUGUCAGAUAUGGGUUUUAAGGGUCCACCAUUCACGUGGGAGUGGCGUGGGGUGAAGGAGAGACUUGACCGGGGAAUUUGCAACUUGGCUUGGCUGGAAGUCUUCCCGGAAUCUUCUAUUCUUCAUCUCCCCCAAUUGAAGUCCGACCAUAAGCCGCUGCUGCUUCGGUGUUCUGAUCAAGAGGUGCAGGAUACCCAUGACCGGCCCUUCAGAUUCAUGUCGUGUUGGCUACUGGACAACCGAUUCCCUCAUGUAGUGCUCAAUGCUUGGAAAAACAACCAUGAUUGGUUCACUGCCUCAGAAAGUUUUAGAAUGAACGUAACAGAUUGGAACUCACAGGUGUUUGGGGAUGUCUUCCGUAGGAAGCGUCGCUUGAUGCGCAGGUUGGAGGGCAUUAAUGCAAAGCUUCAUAUGCGCCAUAACCCGUUCCUCCACCACCUACAGCGGAAGCUGUGGAAACUCUAUAAUCGUACGCUAGUUCAGGAAGAGUCAAUUUGGCAGCAAAAAUCGCGAUGUAUGUGGGUGAAGCACAGCGACAGAAAUACACGCUUCUUCCAUGUUUCGACAAAGACUAGACGGAAACGCAAUAGGAUUGAAGCACUCACAGAUGAUAAUGGGACUCUAGUGACGGAUUUGGUAACCCUACGUUCCAUGACGGUGGAGUUUUUUGGUUCGUUGUAUUCUUCCUCAGGAGUGGUGAACCCGCUCCCUUCUCUUGGGGCGUUUCAGGCUGUCGAGUAUGAUGUGCUCCAGGAUAUUCAGGCUCAGUUCUCAGCGGAGGAGGUGAAGCAGGCGGUGUUCAGUAUGGGCCCACUCAAAGCCCCUGGCCCGGAUGGGCUACAACCAAUAUUCUUCCAAAAGCACUGGGAGAUAGUUGGGGAUUCUGUGGUUAAACUCAUACAUGAUUGCUACCUUGAUCAUCAUAAAAUUAAGGAGAUUAAUGAAACCCUUCUGGUCCUUAUUCCGAAGGUUGAUAAACCUGACAGUUUAAAGUAG